GACUGUGUGUGUUCAACGCGUCUCCAAGUGAAGUACCACAAUGGGUUGCGAGGAAGAUGUUAAGAAAAUCGGCAGAGGUUUGGCGAAGAUGGCCUCAGAUGGAUCGGGGGGCCAGAGCCAAGCGUUGGAUAUGCUCAAGCAGCUACAGAGGCUCCCGAUAACUCUCGAGAUCCUGCAGAAAACGCAUAUCGGAUUGACGGUCAAUACGUUGAGGAAAAGCAGCCAAGACGAUGAAGUGAUUCUACUGGCCAAAACGCUCGUGAAGAACUGGAAGAAACUCAUUGGCAGUACCCCCACGAGAGCUGAAGAUUCGUCCAGCAGGGAGUCGAGGGAGAACAAGAAGAGCUCGACGACGCCCCCGGCGAGGCCUGUACCCGCCAAGCAAACCUCAUUUCCCGCGGGGAAUACCACCGAUGCUGUCAGGCUCAAAUGCCGCGAGAUGCUCUCAAACGCCCUAAAAGGAAAUGGUUUGCCCGACGGUUGUGCGGCCGACCCCGACGAGCUCGCGGAGCGGAUCGAAAGCACGUGCUUCGACGAAUUCAACAAUACGGACACCAAGUACCGUAGCAGGAUCAGAAGCCGAGUAGCGAACUUGAAGGACCCAAAGAACCCGAAUCUCCGGUUGGGAGUUCUCAUCGGCAGCAUAAAGCCGGAGCGACUUGCGAAGAUGACUGCCGAAGAAAUGGCCUCCGAUGAGUUGAAACAGCUCCGGCAGAAACUCACGAAGGAAGCGAUCGACGACCACCAGAUGGCUCUCACAUCGGGAACGAAAACCGAUUUGCUCAAAUGCGGAAAAUGCAAAAAGUCAAACUGUACCUACAACCAGGUGCAGACCAGGAGCGCCGAUGAACCGAUGACCACAUUCGCGUUCUGCAAUGAAUGUGGAAACAGGUGGAAAUUCUGCUGAGCCGUGGGAGUUUCGAGCCUGCUCAAGCAUAAUCAUCCUAUCAUUGGAGUUUCAUCGGUCCGUUCAUUAAACGAGGUAAAUCGGCCGACUCAUGACGUCUUUCGGUCACGGUGUUCUCUGCACGGUGACGCGACGUAGCUUUAUCUUGUGAGAAACCUACCACUCCGAUCGGCGAACUAAGUAAAUCACCAACCGUCACCUUCUGAAAUGAUUCGAUAUCCUCUCGACAUCUCAGCUCCCAAGACGCCAUAGAGAAAAACUUCUUCAAAGAGAUCCCAUGUGUAAAUAAUCAGCGAUUCCACAUGAAUAAAUACAG